AUGGAAGUUAUGAAUGAAAAUUGUAGUAGUGAAUUAUCCAAAUCAACAAUUACAAAUUCACUGAAGAUUAUAUCAUUUUCUAGUAUAAAACUUUUUGCUAUUAUUAUUCAACUAAUUGGAAUAUCAUUAAAUGUGUUUGUAUUGUAUGCAUUACUCAAUGUUAAACUCGGUUCACGUUUAACAACCCUAUUAUUGAGUAAUCAAUGUAUAUUCGACUGCCUAAUAUGUAUAUUGGCUUUUUUAAAAGUACUGAAAACAGAACGUUGGUAUACUGGGUAUAUAAUUAUUGAUAGUCUAUUGUGUUAUUUAUGGUUUAGUUAUACUCUAUUUUGGUUUGUAGUCUUAUUAAGUUUAAGUAACAUGAUGUGUACAGCGCUGGAUCGACUAGGCGCUGUUGUCUACAGUCGUACAUAUCAACUACGUCAAAAUGUCUAUAUCACAUUAGCCUAUACAAGUAUUCUAAUCUACUCACUAGCACUAGUCUCUAUUAAUCCAUUAUUAUUACAAUAUCGGGAUAAAAAGUGUUAUGAUACUAUUUUAUAUGAUAAAAAAUGGAUAAUUUUAUUGAUGAAAGUUGAUUCUAUCCUAUGGCCAUGUCUCACUUACUUAUUUCCAUGUAUACUGACAAUAAGUGUCUAUGCUAAAGUUAUAACCAUAUUAAGAAAUUCAACAUUUUAUCGUCAAACAAGUAGUCAUCGUGGAAUUAAUGAUAAUAAAAGCAAUACUGGCAGCGAUAAUAACAACAACAACAAUACGAAUAACAAUAGCACUGAUAAUCAUAACAAUUGUCAUCGUAAAGCAUCAAAUCGUCAAACGCCUAAAUCAUAUAAUAAUAAUAAACAGAAACGACAUCGUAAAAUUGCUCAGUCAUUAACCAUAGCUACAUGUAUUAUGCAAACAAUAUUUCUUAUCACACAUUCAUAUGAUCGAAUUUAUUACUUUCUUGGUGUACAUCGAUGGAUAUCUUAUCAAAUUGGUUGUACCACACAUGUAUUCGGUUUAUGGUUAGUAACACUGAAUAGUUGUAUUAGUCCAAGUGCGCUUAUAUUCACUGUACGUCCAUUACAAGUAUACCUUUUACAAGCAAUGAAUCGAUGCUGUUGUGCAUGUUCCAAGAAAUUCAAUAUUCCUGUAUCAAUUAAUUAUCCGACGGAUUAUUCUGAAGCACAUUUAAGUAGAAAUGACCAUGAAAAUAGAACUAGUCGAAUUGAAUCAAGUAUAGCAUCAAAGAAAAUUUCAAAUUGA